UAGCAACUUAGAAAAAAAUAUCUCUGCUGUUUUGAAGUUGAAAAAAGAAGAAGAAAAUGGAAAGCAUCAGUAGAUAUUCUCCAAAGUAAAGCAAGGCGUCAAGCAAGCAAAUCCUCCACUUGCUUCACUGUCAGUCCAGUGGCACAAUGCCCACCUGUUCCCUCUCUUCUCUCUUUUUGCUUUUGCUUUUAGCAUUAUUUCUCUGCACUUUUUCCCUUGGGAUUGAAGAAAGAAAAGGAAGGAAAAGAAAGGAAAGUGACCCCUCUCCGUUUCACUCCCAUCUCAUUAGUCCAGAAACUCCAACUUUUUCUUAAUUUCUCUCACUUCUAAUAUAAAAGCAGUAACCACAUUCUCUAGAGAACGCACACGCUGUGAGUAUACAACAGAAGAAACUUGGGUUUCUUUCUCUCUUUUUUCUUACUCCAGUUUCUUUCUUCUUUGCUCUCAGUUUUGGCUUUCUAUAUUAUCAGAAUCUCAAGGGAUCAUUGGCCUUUGUUUUGGCAUGGCCAUGAAUAGAGAAUUAAAUUGUUGUGUUGCUGGUGUGCCCUUUGUCUUACUCAAGUUUGCUUUCAGUGAAAGUACUUAGCCCUUCAUUUAAGUUUGUUUCUCCAUGAUGAUCACUAUAAACCAUGGCUGAAGGUGAGGAAAUUCAACCUCUUGUCUGUGAUAAUGGCACUGGAAUGGUUAAGGCAGGUUUCGCAGGAGAUGAUGCUCCAAGGGCAGUCUUCCCCAGUAUUGUUGGCCGGCCUAGGCAUACAGGUGUUAUGGUUGGAAUGGGGCAGAAAGAUGCCUAUGUUGGGGAUGAGGCCCAAUCAAAAAGAGGUAUUCUCACAUUGAAGUACCCUAUCGAACAUGGGAUUGUUAGCAACUGGGAUGAUAUGGAAAAGAUUUGGCAUCACACUUUCUACAAUGAGCUUCGUGUGGCUCCAGAAGAACAUCCUGUUCUCCUAACUGAAGCUCCCCUGAACCCUAAGGCCAACAGGGAAAAAAUGACACAGAUCAUGUUUGAAACAUUUAAUGUCCCUGCCAUGUAUGUUGCCAUCCAAGCAGUGCUCUCCCUCUAUGCUAGUGGGCGUACUACAGGUAUUGUGCUGGAUUCUGGUGAUGGAGUUAGUCACACAGUUCCCAUAUAUGAGGGCUAUGCACUUCCCCAUGCAAUCCUUAGGCUUGAUCUUGCUGGAAGGGAUUUAACAGAUGCCUUGAUGAAGAUCCUUACGGAGAGAGGUUACACAUUCACCACAACUGCUGAACGGGAAAUUGUAAGAGACAUUAAAGAGAAGCUUGCAUAUGUGGCCCUUGAUUAUGAGCAGGAGCUUGAAACGGCUAAAAGUAGCUCUUCAAUUGAGAAGAGCUAUGAGCUACCUGAUGGCCAGGUUAUCACCAUUGGUGCAGAGUGUUUCCGUUGCCCUGAGGUCCUAUUUCAACCAUCACUCAUUGGAAUGGAAGCACCUGGAAUUCAUGAAACCACUUAUAAUUCGAUCAUGAAGUGUGAUGUUGAUAUCAGGAAAGACUUGUAUGGUAACAUAGUGCUCAGUGGUGGAUCUACCAUGUUUCCAGGAAUAGCUGAUCGAAUGAGCAAGGAGAUCACAGCUCUUGCUCCAAGUAGCAUGAAAAUCAAGGUGGUUGCUCCUCCUGAGAGAAAAUACAGUGUUUGGAUCGGAGGGUCUAUACUGGCGUCCCUCAGCACUUUCCAACAGGUACGUAUCGCACAUCUCCAUUUUCUCCUUUUUAUCGUUGUAUUUGAUGUUGCAAAUGGUGAAGUUAUUCUUGACCCAAAAGUUCAAAAGAGUUUAAGGUCAUCAGAAUCACAUGCUUGCAAAAAAGAGGCUAAAGGGUGAAGUAAUGGAACAGAACAGAACAAACGUUAACUUCCAUUAGUUGAGAAACAUGUACAAGCAUGCGCGAGAAUAACACACACAAGACAAUUGGCAAUGGUAAUUGGUACAAAAUAAAACAACCAAAUUAGAAAACCAAGUCAUAACAUAUACUGGAUUAAUUAUUUUACACUGUUCUGUAGUUUCUACUUCCUUUCUGUCUAUAUUUAUUUGGC